AUGAUAUCUUCCAUGAUUCGACGAAUUGUCGGAUCCUCGCAACCUAGCGAGGAGCCCCCAAGCAGGCGAGGUAGCGUUAUGAGGGAACCCGAGCAUGAGGGCGACGACAAGGCGGAGGAGGUGACAAUGGAGACGGAAGAUAAAAAGAAGAAGAAGAAGAAAAAUAAGAAGAACAGAAAGAGUGGCGAAGAUAUGGAGUUAGAUAUGGCGGGCAAGGAGGGCAAGCAGGCUAGGGCGGACAUUACGAAUGGCGAUCUAGAUUUGAAUGCAGACGGGGAUACGACCAUGCAAAUGAAUGAUAAUGGAGUUGGAGGGACUGCUGAAGAGCUGAAGGUGAAGAAGAAGAAGAACAAGAAGAUUAGGAAGAAGGAGAAGGAUCAUGCCGAAUUGGGCCACAGUAUCGGGCCUGAUCACGAACUGGUGGACGAGGCCUCUGCGCGCGCUCCCAACGGGUUGGAGUCUCCGAAUGGCACGGUCAAAGUCAAGAAGCACAAGAAAGCACGAAAAAUCCUCAAGGAGAAUGAAGCUACCCACGAACUAGAGGAUAUCGCGAGUUACGGAGUUGAAGCCUCUCCGGCAGGUGAAGCACUUGUGGCCGUUUCUGCGAAAGCAAAGAAGCAGAAGCGGAAACAAUCCCUUGUGGCACCAGGUCCUAGCCUGGCAGCUACUAGUCUGGAGUCCACAAAUGGUUUACAAGGCAACGACCAUACCGAAGCAGACCGUGAAGAGCAUGAGAAUGGGACUCCAAUCCGUCCAUCAGAAAACGCCUUGGGAAAGAGGAAGGCUUCCCAGUCACUGCCUGAUUCGACACGAAAGACAAAACGCAAACACAAGGGUGAAAACCCUCCGGGCAACGAUCUGAUAGACUUAGGCUUAACUGCGUCAUCACAUCCCAAUUCGAUACAGCAAUCGAACGGUCAUCGGCCGCUUCAAAGUUUUGCUGAGGGCCUAUACAUCCAAAGCACGAAGGGGGACGGAGGGCCAUCCUCGAUACCUCCACCGGAAACAAGCCGAAUACAUCGACCUACGCCUACCUUUACGCCUAUCAAUGCACGGCGCUCGCCUUCCAACGAGGAAACCGAGGAACCUCGAGCCCCCACACCGGAGCUUGAAUCUGCAACCCCACAAGAUCCGCCCUCACCCCCGAAGUCGAAUCAGAAACGAAAACGCCGACUGCCCGUUGAUGAAUCCGAGUCUCCCAAACUGAAUAUCGAGGCAACUCCCAGGAAACCAACCAAAGGAAAAUCAACACCAACUAAGAGUAAAACUUUAGCAUCAGGAUCGGCGACCCCAGGCAACAAAAGAGGAAGCCCCCUUACACCUGAAGACAUCGAGGGCAUAAACUCAGCCGUUGCGAUGUACCGCGACUCCAAUAGAAUGACCCAAUUUGACGUCAAUGCACUCAUCCAAGAUACCCAGAGUGGCAAGAACCCUGAACGAGAUGAGUUGAUGACAUUCAUUUACGAUAGACUUCCGGAGCUUCCUAAACCGCGGAUUAGGGAGAUGUGCAACACUAGAUUUCACAAUUACGCUCGAGGCUCAUGGACCAAGGAGGAGGAUGACGAGCUGAGGGAUGCCGUUGAAAGGUUUCCUGGUGUAUGGAGGAAUAUUGGGCCUCUGGUCAAUAGGCACCCACGAGAUGCUCGGGAUCGAUGGAGAAAUAAUUUGGUCUGUGGCGAUAAGCGAAAGAAAUCCGUAUGGACGAGGGAGGAAGAGGACCAGCUAAGAGCUGCCGUUGCAGAAUCUCUGGAACAGAUCCGUAAGGACAAGGCUGAAUCUACGGAUGCACAAUACAAAGCGAAAGACGAUAUGGAUCUUCUGAACUGGGCAUCUGUCAGUGCCAAGAUGGGUCUCGUUAGAAGUCGCCUUCAGUGCUUGCAGAAGUGGAUAAGGUUGAAGGACCGUGAGGCUGAAGUCAGCCCAGAUCCAGCUGAGGACCAAGAGGCUAGUAAAGGUCACUGGCGAUUGGAGGAAGCUAAAAGAGAGACUCAAGCCAUGAGCGCGGAUGAAAUAUUACGUUUCCUCUAUGCUGUCCGUAAUAGUGGCGCUGCUAGAGAAGGCAAGAUACCUUGGAAAAUAGUUUGUGCCGACGUCAGCCAAGAGAAGGGGAGGCGGAUGGUUUACAGGUUCUGCUUUAAAAAUCUCAGGCGGAAGAUCACUGGCUACAAAGAUAUGGAAUUCAAAGACUGUCUUGAGAUGAUAAUUAGUCGUUUUGAGGAAACGGCGCCGUCCGAACCACCGGAAUUGCAAUAUGUAGGAGAGCCUGAUCGGAUAAUCCUUAGGAGGAAUCGGAAGAAGAAGGGCGAAGUCUGGACGGAAGAGGAGCUUCUCGAAAAGCGUCAGAGGAAACACGUGAGGAUUAGGCCCCUCGGCGAUGAUAAUGGCAAAGCUUCCAGCAAGAAGAAGAGAAAGAGAGACGCCAAUGACGACGAGGCAGGCGUUGAAAAUAGCGAGGGCUCCAGUAAAAAGCAGAAGAGAAAAGAGAAACCACAGGCCAUCAGCGAAGAAUAUGUUAUGGAGGAUGCUGAUGAGGGAGAGCAAAAUAUUGGCCAAAGCGUGGCGAUAGAAAAGCCAUCCAAAUCGAAGGUGACGAAAGCGGCCGCGAGCGCUGAGCAGCCUGCCGAUGGCGAAAAUGUUACUCCAAAGCAAAAGAAAAAGAAACUCCGCGAUCGUAUGAAGCAGCAUGGGGAAGGCCAGAGUCAAGAGUCGGGGAGUGAAAGCCAUGGUUUCGCUCCAGAUAUGAGCGAUGAUAUCGGAUCAGCUAUUCAGUCUCUCAAGAAAGCACACAAGAAUUCACGAAAGAACAAAAAGAAAUCUUCCGACAAUGGAGCCAGCGAGGUUGCAUCUGAUGGCAAUCCUCGGCGCGAAGUAAAUGGGGAUUUGGGACACUCUGAUGCAGACAUCCCGCCCACUCCAAAUAGGUUCAAUCAGCGGCAUAACAGCUUAAGCCCCGAUCUUGAUACACCGGUGAAAUAUGAUGGGCGGCGUCACAACAAGAAGAUUGGCUCCCCUUCUCCUGGAGGGGAUAAGGACGAGCAAGCGGAUACUAAUGAUCCUGCGUUGUCUGAUGUAUCUAGUUCCGAUGGGAGUAUUCCCGCAAGAACGAAGCCGCUAGAAGGAGAUAAUAGCGAGGAUGAUGUUUGA